AGGUCCCUCCUACUCUGAAUUGUUGUCUUGCUGUGGCCAUUUUACACUUGGUACCCUCAAAAUAAUUACACUUAGCUAGCAGAAAAAUUAAACACCCUUCGCUCUUGGGCUUCAACGUGACAUUCACAUAACUACCUUUGGUUACAUGUGGCACAGGGUAUCUGAUGCUGUAACCAAAUAGAAAAAAAAGACUGUGACCAGGAGCAGAGUCAUUUGAUCAGUAUGGACUAUGAGAGGAGGGGUGGACGAGGUGACCGCACAGGUCGCUAUGGCAGCAUCCACAACGAUCACAACUUUCGGGACAUGGAUUACCGAGCCUAUGGCCAGGAGGAUGAGGAGGAAGAAACAGACAGAUCAUACGGCCACGACGAGCAAAUGCUAGGUGUCUGUGACCUCCAAGACCGCCUGGGGUUUCACCAGAGAGGAGAUGGGCGUGGGGACAUUGGUUGUGAGGGGAAAGGGCUCCUGUGGCCCCCUUCUACUCAGUCGCAGCCUGACCUAGCCCAUCCCAUGCUCCAGAGAGAGGAGGAGGGAUCCAGGCAGGAGUUCGAGCAGUUACGGACUGGUCAGCAGGAAAGGGGUCGUGGGAGAGGUGGACGAGGCUUUCCUGACAACAGUACCCCUCAUUCAGGAAGUAGGGAUGGCAACUGGGGUCGUGGUGGUGCCCAUUCUGAACAGAUGGAAUACAAUAUGGCACGACAGAGAGAGGAGGAAAGGUUCUCUCGCGGGGCACUGAAGAGAAGGGCUUUUCCAGUGGGGGCAGAGGAGCAUAGUUGUGGUAGUGCUGGUCCAGACUUGUCCCUUGAGGAGUUGGAUCAAAGGGACCAGGACUAUCGUGCAGAUCUAGACCACAACCAGAGGCCGAGCAACAUCAUAAUGCUUCGCAUGUUGCCACCUAAUGCCACUGCCAAUGAGAUUCGGGCACAACUUCAGGAGCAGGGGAUCCAGCCAAGAGAGGUUCGCCUCAUGAGGAACAAAUCUUCAGGUCAGAGCCGAGGAUUCGCCUUCGUCGAGUUUAAUGUCAUACAGGAGGCCACGCGCUGGAUGGAGACCAACCAGGGCGUGCUACUGAUUCUGGGACAAAGAGUGUCGAUGCACUACAGUGACCCAAAACCGCGUGCCAAUGAGGACUGGCUCUGCAACAAGUGUGGUGUGCAAAACUUUAAAAGAAGAGAGAAGUGCUUCAAAUGCAGUGUGCCUAAAGCAGAGGCUGAGCUAAAGCUGCCCCAGUUGCAGAGGGAUUUGCCUGUUGGUCUCCAGAAGGAGCGAGCCCAAGGCUUGUUGCCUUUGCCAGCACCCUACCACUCUUCUGGUCCUACUGUGAACCCAGGACAGGCUGCACCACAGGCAGAUGUUGCCAAUGACACUCUGAUACUGAGAAAUCUUGGUCCGCAUACUUCAUUGGAGGCCAUCUUAUCAGCUUUGGCUCCUUUUGCUACUCUCUCCCCUUCCAAUGUUCGCCUAAUCAAGGACAAGCACACACAUCUCAACAGGGGCUUUGCCUUUCUACAGCUCUCUACCAUAGUGGAGGCAUCUCAACUGCUCCAGAUCUUACAGGCACUCCAGCCAGCUCUCUCUAUUGAUGGGAAGACUAUAGUGGUUGAAUUUGCCAAAGGCUCCAAACGAGAUGUAUUCCUGACAGAUGGCAACAGAGUGAGUGCUGCUACCGUGGCCAGCACUGCUAUCGCUGCCGCGCAGUGGGCUGUCACACAGACUGCUCAGAAUGGAUCAGGAGGCCAGAGUAUAGAUACAGCAGUGUAUCAGCAGGGGGCAGCAGUAACAUACAGUCAAGAAGGAAAUGAAUACUCUGGGCUUGAUGGCACAACUUUCAAGGCCCAUGUAGAUGCCAGGGUUGCUGCUCUGCCAAAUGCAGGAGCAGCCCUAAUGGGGACAUACACAGGAGGAGCAGCCCCAGCUGCCAUUUCAUCUGAGGCUGUAACAUCUGGAUCAGCAGUCGUGCAGCAACCACUCAUUCAUACACAGACUGCUCUCAUCACCACAGCUCCCACCACACCAGCAACACAGGUUGAGAUAGUGGGAAAACCACAGCCAGCUACUACCAGCCAACCUGCUACACCAGGCACCGAACAUGAGCUCCAGCAAUACCCUGUGCCAGAUGUGUCUACAUACAGUUAUGACGAAAGCUCUGGCUACUAUUAUGACCCCCUCACAGGACUCUACUAUGAUCCUAACUCCCAGUACUACUACAACCCUCACACUCAGCAGUACAUGUACUGGGAUGGAGAGAAGCAAACCUACAUUCCUGCUGCUACCGACCAGUCGAACACAGAGGGUGCUCCCAUGAGUACAGCCCCUUCAGACUCCCUGUUUGCUUCCCCUGGUAGCAAAGAGAAAAAGGACAAACCCAAAAAUAAAACAGCUCAACAGAUUGCCAAAGAUAUGGAGCGCUGGGCUAAGAGUCUCAAUAGACAAAAGGAGAACAUGCGUUCCGUCUCCUCCUCCCCUGCUGUUGGCUCUACAGCACUACCACCAGGAUACACUAGGGCACCUGGCCACAGUCGUCUAGAUGACCGCCGAGAGUCAGCUAGUGCUGAUGCAGGCUAUGCUGUUCUGGAGAAAAAGGGGGCACUGUCUGAGCGGCCUCAGAUGUUUCUGGACCAGAUCCGACAAAGUACAGAGCGUUCACCACCACAGCAGCAGGGUCUGGUCCCAGCCUACAGCGGAGAAACUGACAGUGAAGAAGAGGGAGGCGAGAAAGAUGAGAGGGAAGGGAGAAUGACAGACUGGGUUAAACUGGCUUGUCUGCUGUGUAGGAGGCAGUUCCCCAGCAAGGAGGCACUCAUCAGGCACCAGCAGCUCUCUGAGCUACAUAAGCAAAACUUGGAGCAGAGGAGAGUCCAGCAGGAAGCUGCAGGCAAAGAGAGACUUACUGAUGGACCUGAAACUCCUGAUCCAAAGAGGAGGAAGUUUAACCCCAUUGAUGGGAUAACAGGCAGUAGUCUCGGUGCCAGGAUGCUACAGGGAGGUGUGAAAAAGGGGCUUCUACUGCGCAACAUGCAAGUGGAGUGAGCAGUCACCCUAAAGCCUCAACUUCCUGAACCAAACAGGACAAUGACAGAGCCUAGCACACAACACUUCACCAUUAACAUUAUAUAGAUAUCUAUAGAUAAACCUCUUAAUUUUGGUUUGAUUCACAUUACCUCAACAGUGGUAAUACACUCAUGAACUGAUCCUGUAGCAGUGGAUGUCAGGAUAUUGCACAGAAUGCACUUUUUUGCUUUCUUCCUGAAUGAUGCAGUUUUAGUUCUCACUUGCUUCAGAGCUUGUAUAUGAUAAACAAGCUUUAUGUGGUUGGGAAACAUUUGCUGAUGGAAAAUGAAAGAUCGGUAUUGAUCUUUAUGGCAGCAAAUGGGAUUUUCUAAUAUUACUAUGCACCAUAGAUUUUUUUUUUUAAAUUUAAUGCUAUCUGCCUCGUCAUUCAGUGAAUGACUGAUCUGGGCAUGAACUGUGUGUACAUUUUAGAAAAGACUUGCCUCAUGAACAGGACAAUGUCACACUUACAGUGUGUAGAUGAAGAGUGUCUGAGUUUGUCAUAUUGCAAAUAUGAAUUCACAAUGUAAUAGUUAUGCCUGGAGAAUGUUUUUUUAUUUCGGUAUUUGUUCAAUAAUGUGACUGUGUUCCAUCAGGCUUAUGUAAAUUAACAAGGAAUAACACAUUUUCAUCAUUAUUUCUGA